GCCGCUUGGCUCCGUCACUCGGCAGCGCCAUAUAAGGAAAGCAUCUCCAUAGAAACGUGUCAGUUUCAAUAGUCGUGUCAAAGUUCACUAUAUACAGCCAUCCGCGCAGAUUUCCCCUUUCAGAAAAAUUACUCCGCAAGCCCGCUCGUUCAAAUCGGAUUCACUUCCAACCCCCUUUUGCAUAUUUGAUCAGUUUGAUUCUCUCUCUCUUCCCUUAUUUUGCCUCCUCUCGCAUGAGAGAGGUUCUAUAGCUCCCUUUUUUUCCACGACGUCGACUCCUUUUUUUUGUAGUCUCUCUCUCUCUCUCUCUCUCUUUUUGCUGGCGAGUUGUUGACUCUCUUCGCGUGUAUGUGUGUGCAGUUCAACCAGUACCAGUACGGCGGAGAAUUUAUGAUCAGUUGAUGUUCGGGCACUUCUACUCCGGAUCGUACAUCUGCCUUCAAGAGUCGAUUCUCUCUCUCUCGCUCUCUCUUUUUUUUGUUUUUUAAUCUUUAACCUUUCAUCCCCCUUCGUCCUUUUUUUUAAUGGGAUUUCUGAAUGGCUGACUGCGUGCUGCCCUGGUCCUGGCCCCCCGACACUCGCUUCUUCUCUGCCGAUCGGGUUUGAACUGCUACUCUCUCUCUCUCUUUCUCUCCCUCUCUCCCUCCCUCUCUUUUUUUUCUGUUGUCAGCUAAUCGACUCUUCUUUCUUCAUUCUUCCCCCAACACCACCCCCACCUCCCCCCUCCCCAACACCACCUCAUCUGCCGAUUCAAAAGACAAGACAUUUUUUUUUGUCUGAUAAUACUCUGCCCGAGAUAUGGCAAUGGUAGUCAGUACGUGGCGAGACCCGCAGGACGACGUGGCCGGAGCACAGGGCACACAGCCACCCCCGCCUCAGCAAGGACCGCAGCCGCCUUCUGGAGCACCUCUUACCCCGCAGACCCCAGGCCAGCCGGGAGCUCCGGGAACCCCGGCCCAGCCUAACCAACAGAGCCAGCAACAAGGCGAGAAGCAGCAGCAACACAUCGAGUGUGUGGUGUGCGGGGACAAAUCGAGCGGCAAACACUACGGCCAGUUCACCUGCGAGGGCUGUAAGAGUUUCUUUAAGAGAAGUGUGCGCAGAAACUUGACGUACACAUGUCGUGCCAACAGGAACUGCCCCAUAGACCAACACCAUCGCAAUCAGUGUCAGUACUGUCGCCUGAAAAAAUGCCUCAAAGUCGGCAUGAGACGGGAAGUCUGUUCUUUUCGCACUGCAGCAGUCCAAAGGGGAAGAAUGCCACCUACACAACCGACUCCAGGCCAAUUCGCCUUGACAAACGGAGAUCCACUCAACUGCCAUUCCUAUUUAUCGGGAUAUAUCUCCCUGUUACUGCGGGCCGAGCCCUACCCGACCUCCCGCUACGGCAGUCAGUGCAUGCAACCGAACAAUAUCAUGGGCAUUGAGAACAUUUGUGAACUGGCCGCUCGGCUGCUCUUCAGCGCCGUGGAAUGGGCGAGGAAUAUUCCUUUCUUCCCGGAUCUGCAGAUCACGGACCAGGUAGCCCUGCUGAGGCUGACCUGGAGCGAGUUGUUUGUUCUGAACGCUGCCCAGUGCUCCAUGCCUCUUCAUGUGGCUCCUCUCUUAGCCGCCGCUGGGCUGCACGCGUCCCCUAUGUCUGCAGACAGGGUCGUUGCUUUCAUGGAUCACAUAAGGAUCUUCCAGGAGCAGGUCGAGAAACUCAAAGCUUUGCAUGUCGACUCGGCAGAGUACAGCUGCUUAAAGGCUAUCGUCCUCUUCACUUCAGAUGCUUGUGGCUUGUCUGAUGUGGCCCAUAUAGAAAGCUUACAGGAGAAAUCGCAAUGUGCUCUGGAGGAAUAUGUUCGCAGCCAGUAUCCGAACCAACCGACCCGCUUUGGGAAGCUUUUACUUCGUCUCCCUUCUCUUCGCACCGUCUCAUCUUCUGUCAUCGAGCAAUUAUUCUUCGUCCGUUUGGUAGGUAAAACCCCCAUAGAAACUCUGAUCCGUGAUAUGUUGCUAUCUGGGAGCAGCUUCAACUGGCCUUACAUGUCGAUUCAAUAAAUAGAAGGGGGAGGAAAAAGGCAAGUGACAUUAUUUUGCAAAUUCCUUCUGUAAUGGGAGGAAAUAAAAGGCUGUUACAAGUUUACCUAUGUGACACAAAAAAAAUGAAGAGAGGGAAGAAAAAAGAGGACUGUGGAUUUCAAUGACUGUACACGAACUUAGAAAAAACGCGUUCAAAAACUCUCCUGUGUCGUUCAGAACAACUUGCUACUUAUCAUUUUUGUAACAAAAGGAAAUUAGUCUUUUAUUUUGGUUUAUUUUGUAAACUUUUGAGAAAUAUCGAUAUAAAGAUAAGUGCAUUUAAACAAGAAUUUCAAAAUUAGGAGGAAAGAAAAUAACAUUUUCCAAAUUAUUAUAAAUUGUCCUGUGUCUAUGUAUCUAUAGCUGUUUUGUAUUUUUCCUGGUUUCAAACCAGUCUCCUCUGUGAUUCUCUACUAAUAAUUUUGAUAUAACCAUUGCUUCUUAUCAGAUACGGUGUAUCACGUAAAUAUGUUCUGCAAGAAUUAAAACUGAAUCCACUAAAACGUUAGACGAAAGGUUUUAUUGACAGGAUUGAAACUUAAUGCUGGAAACGCACUUAUAGUGUUAACUCAUAAGACGUUUAAUUUUGGGGAAAUGGACGGCAGACUUAUAUUAAAUGAUACACACUUGUAAUUUAAAAAUCCAUUGUUGAAAACUCGUUAAUAUUGACAUGUGGAGGGGGGCGGGGUGGGGGGGAAGGACUACAUUGUUCGUAUAUUUCUGAAGCAGAAAUAUUUUAUGUGUCCAAGACACAGAACAAUUUUGUUUCAUUAAAUUUAAGAACAUUUUAGUGAUCUGAAUGUGGCUCCAUUUAGUUCCUGUUGCAGUAUAGAGUCCGACCAGGCUCCAAAAAGAACGCCUGUUUGUAUAUUUCCGACCCAUUUGUAACAAUUAUCAACCCGUUGCCCUUUUAAAGGAAAAAUAACGCCACAAUUUCUUUUCUUGGAUUCAGCAUGGAACUCUAUGUCGGCACUUACUAUUUGACAUGUGGUUAAUUAAGUAUCUAGAGUUUACAGUCGUGUGUACAAACUGAAGGUUUUUUUUAAAAGUGCAACAUUUCUGUACUGUAAGAGUUAUGAUUGGAUUGUUUGGUCAGUCCUGUGUGUUAUAUUCAAGAAAAAUGAAAGUGUUCGGAGAUUAUAAUAUUAUUUGAUAUAUGGAACUUUUUCGCUGUUACAACUGUAUGUUCACCCAAGGAAAAAAAAUCUCAUUACAAUGGUCAAACACCGCAGUUUACUGGAGUCAUUACAACUCGUGGAUUAUUUGUCUUAUUUACUCAAUAUACCUGUAUAGUUUACUACCACUGUCUGUAGUAGUGGGCAAACCACAUGCUCUUUCAAUGAAAGGAUAAACCGUGGACUCAUGCUGCUCCUUGUCUUUUGGGUUUAGCAGUGACACCUUAAAGAAACAGUCGAACAACCCCAAUAUGAGACGCCGUUCUCCUCCCCUUUUAAAUUCAAAAUGCCAUAGGGAUUUUGACCACCGACCCUUAUUUAGUUCUAACUUAAGUGCCUGUGCAACCAAUGUACAUUAGACAGGUGUUAGGAAGCAUGGAUCAUUAUGUGUUUUAAUGGUCAAGUUUUUGUUUUGAAGCUUAUUGUGUCUAAAGUUCACGCACAGAACACACUUAAACAAGCAAUUGCUACUAGGAACAGUGUUGAUUGUAAAUAAAAUAUAUUAAAUGAGAUUUAUUCAAAAAGUAUGUCUGGAAAAAUGUGGUUGCCAAUUUUUGUUAUUGGAAGUUCUUCAAACUGAGGAUGAUGUGACUGACGUUUGAUGUGUAGCACUAUAAGUGAGCCUGAUUUAAUGUAUAUAAAUAUAAAUUCAUUUGAUUUUUUUAUAUAUGGGAAUAGACUGUGAGAGCAUGGCCACAGGUCGCUAACACAUUUUACAUUUGUUACAUACAUGUAAAUGUUGGAUUGUAUAGAGGUUAUACAUUUUGGCGAUUGUUUGCCUUCAGUGCUCCCAUAUUACCCUUGUACUAAAAGCAAAACACAAAAAAAACAGAGCGAGCUGGUUUGAGUUGGCCAAGCCAUUUGUUCCAAGCUUUUCUGGUAGUGCUGCUACCUACACUGCAGUGUGAAAACUUGCAUUUUUGUCCCUUUUACAAAAAAAAGACAAAAAAAACUUUUUUUGUGUGUGUGGCUAUCUAGCCACAUACUACAUCAUGUUGUGGUCGCACACAAAAAAGAAUCAUUUUGUAUAGUUGAUGGAACAGUGAUCUUUACCUGUUGUAGAGACAGAUCUGGACCAGAAAUGAUGUAUGGUUGUGAUUAUUAACACGUUUGCAGCUGACCCACGUUUUUUUUACUUCAGGGUAUUGCUACGCUGUUCUAACUUAUAGAUCGAGCCUUUUCAGAUGUUUUUUUUAUUGCAAGUAAUAUGUGUAUGGAGUUACUACGCCAGACUCCUGUUUGUGUUAGCUAUUGUAUACAGCGUUUUUGUUGUAAAUUGUUCUUGGUAUUAAAUUAUAAUUUAUGGCUUUGAA